AUGUUGUCAGAAUGGGGCGCCGUGGGCACGCUAGGCCAGGACAGGAGGGAGCGUGGGGAAGGAGGGAGCGUGGGGAAGGAGGGAGCGUGGGGAAGGAGGGAGUGUGGGGAAAGAGGGAGUGUGGGGAAGGAGGGAGCGUGGGGAAGGAGGGAGCGUGGGGAAGGAGGGAGUGUGGGGAAGGAGGGAGUGUGGGGAAGGAGGGAGCGUGGGGAAGGAGGGAGCGUGGGGAAGGAGGUGGUGUGGGGAAGGAGGGAGCGUGGGGAAGGAGGGAGCGUGGGGAAGGAGGGAGCGUGGGGAAGGAGGGAGCGUGGGGAAGGAGUUGGCGUGGGGAAGGAGGGAGUGUGGGGAAGGAGGGAGCGUGGGGAAGGAGGGAGUGUGGGGAAGGAGGGAGCGUGGGGAAGGAGGGAGCGUGGGGAAGGAGGGAGUGUGGGGAAGGAGGGAGCGUGGGGAAGGAGUUGGCGUGGGGAAGGAGGGAGUGUGGGGAAGGAGGGAGCGUGGGGAAGGAGGGGAUGUGCCCAGUUUAUUGACCACUGAAGGGUAGUAAGGGGGAGAUGGCUAUCUGUUCCUCUCUUCUGAAUUCUCUCUCCUCAUCUUCAGAGGAUCUGUGUGGAUGGUUGUUUUUAUGUCCAUAUGUAGAGGUACUGUAGCAGUAGCAGCCUGUAUGUUUUGGCUAUAUCAGUCCCUAAAUACAGGACUAUUAAAGGCCCAGUGUACUACUUUUGUGAAAAAAUAUUUUUUUCUAAAAAAGAUAAAUAUGAUUUUUCAGUGGGUGCUGCAGCACCCUCAGCACCCCAUUUCCACCGGUUAUUUUAGAAGGGGGAAAUUACAGUGAUCCAGACAAUUUCAUCUCAUCCAGCUGCUGUUUGUCAGGAAUGGGGACAGGAUUUCUGCACCUAUCCAGUGUAUGUGACAAUAAAACCUAAUCUUUUUUUUUUUUUUUAGCAGGCCUUUAGGGCAGGGUGACCCUUCGCUGUGUGUGUGUGUGUGUGUGUGUGUGCACGCGUGCGUGCGAGCGUGCAUGUGUGUGUUUUGUGUUUGUGUGUUUUCAUUACCUCCCCCUUCACCCAGCGCGGCCCUGAGUGUGUGUCAUGUCCUCGACCCCUCCAAUGAGGAUCUGUCUCAGUGCUAAUCCCACUCACACCAAUAGCAGUGUGACAGGAAACAAGGGCUGACCAGACGGCUUUGUGUCUCUCAGACCUUUGCACCGAUUUACUGCCUUUACUUACAGUAAAGCCCACUGGAGUGCUGUGACACCCAUUUCAGAGAGGACCUUCCAGAGUGCAUUUAAAAUUAAACACCUCUCCUGCUAACAUGUGCCGUGGCAUGUACUGUAGUCAGCUGGGGUGGAACCAACAACUCAUGUUUUGGUUACUGAUCAGAUCUGUCCAUGAGAAAAGACCUUGAAAGUGGACGGUACAUCUUCGGCUUCACAGUGUUUUGAUUAAAAUAAUCUGAGUGCCGUUGUUAACCUGCUGAUGUUCAUUUAAUAGUUCACCCUUUAUUUGAGAUAAUGGCAUUGAUCUAUCGACAACGUGUGAAUAUAUAGAGCCCAUUCAAUUAUUUUCACUGUUUUCUAUUUCAUCUUGAGGGCAAAGCAGGAGCUGGAAACACACUCUUUCACACACUCACUCACACACACACACACACACACACACACACACACACACACACACACACACACACACACACACACACACACACACACACACACACACACACACACACACACACACACACACAUACAAACACACACACACACACACAAAAUGAUAUAAGUGCCAGUGCAUUGUAGUGCAGGUAACUGCAGGUGAGAUAGAUUCUCAGAGUGUUCUCUUCUGUCUCCCCAGGCUUCUCCACGCUGUCCCUGGCAGACCAGAUGAGCCUACUGCAGAGCGCCUGGAUGGAGAUCCUGAUCCUGAGCAUCGUGUUCCGCUCGCUGCCCUACGAGGACGAGCUGGUGUAUGCAGAGGACUACAUCAUGGACGAGGAACACUCACGGCUCACGGGCCUGCUCGACCUCUACGUGUCCAUCCUGCAACUCGUUCGCAAGUACAAGAAGCUCAAGGUGGAGAAGGAGGAGUUUGUCACCCUCAAGGCCAUCGCUCUCGCCAACUCAGGUAGGACAAUAUACACCACCUCAGUAUAGAGCGUAAAUAAGAUGGCAAACAGGGAUGAUAGGUGAAUAUCUGGAUAUCCCAUUCUUUACAAGUAUUUGUAAUUGAUGCAAUAUGACAAGAACAAUUAAUGUAAAAAAAACUAUACCAUUUCUAAUUUAAGGUAAUAUUGUAUUUUUGCAACAAACAAAUCACAGUAUGAUUUUUCAGUAUUUUAUGGACAAUAUUAUAUUGUAAAAUGGGCAAUCACAAGCAAUAUACAUGUAGGAAGUAAUAAUAAUUGGGACUUUUUAACUUUUUGUAGUCAUUUUAUGAAUGAAUCUAGUGUUUAUACAUUUUAGGACACAUUUCAUUCAUCUCAAAAACUAUCAUACAUCAAAGCUAGAGCAAGUGUUAGUUUCAAAUGAACAAGCUAUUACUAUUAAAUGUGUUCUGAAAUUUUAAAACACAUUAAUUUAGCCAACACAUCAAAAAUGAUUUGUGUUCCUUAUGGGGUUCUUUUAAAUGUAAAAACAAAAAUUACAUUUACAUUGCACAAAUGCAGAAAGCUGCUUCUAAUUUUAUAUUGGAAUAUUAUCUUACUCAUAAUAAUAAAAAAAAAUCAUUUGUAUUUGUUAAUCAUCUCCAUUACAUUAAUAUACAUGAAAUAUAUAUAUUUAUAUAUCUAUCUCAUGACCAAAAUGUAAUGUCAGGGUUUAAAGUAGAGUUGUUGACUUUACCCUUUAGUUUGGAGUGAGAGAUAUAGAGAAGGAGGGGAGGAGGGGAGGACUGAGCUUUUAAUUGAAAGCCUUCCAUGUUGUGAUAUUUCUCCAUCCAUCCCUCUCUAUCUCCAUAACAGAAGCUGCAGGGCACGCCAGCCAUGGGAGAUAAAUAUAGCAUUUCAUUAGGACCACAAAGCCUGUCAAUAAAAUGUGUUAAGUCGAAUGGAAUGAGUAUCAGGGAGUGAUGGUUCUCGUUUGUUCCAAUGCGAAGACGGCGCACUCGUAUCGACAGGCUGCUUUUGAGAAGGCAGGGCCUGUCCCUCUCUGAUCAAUGCCUGGCUGGGCCACAGGCGUGCUUUCUUUUUUUUGUCUGCCUGACAAAUGAAAAUGCUGAUGGUGGGCUUUGCUUUGCUUUCAGACGGCAGAUCUUUGUUGGGGGGUGGGGCGGGUGAGGUGGGGAAGGCAGGGGAGGGAGUGAGGCCUUGUGUCGGGGUGGGGAGGGGGCGUCCAGAACGUUUGAGCAAGGUCUCUGUGAGAUUCCUCUCCCGGGAGCCCCUCUGUCUGACAGCUGUGAAAAUUCAUAGCGAUUGAUUUUGUAAUUAGCAGUUUAUCAAUGGGAUCGACGUGGGCUCUCUGAUGGAUUGCAAGGAAAUUGUUUUCUUCUCUUAAAAUUUUUAUUUAAAUUAGCCAAAAUUUUCAUUUAAAAAAUUUUUUUCCCUUUUUUUUAUAAAAAUUAAAAAGGGGGAAAACAUUUUUUAAAAAUUGAAACCUUUUGUUGUAUUUUUUUUUCCCCAAAAAAACAAAUCCAGCCACCGGGGAAAAAAUUUGAUUUAUUGAAAAAACCCCCUUAAUAAAAAAUCAAGGGUUUUUUUGGGGGUUUUUUUUCCCUUUUUCCCCCAAAAAACCUAUCCGGGGCCGGGAAAGGCGGGUUUUUGAUAACCUGGGGGAAGGGUUGGGGGGGGUGACAAAAAAAAAAUUUGGGGUUUUUUUUUUCCCCCCUUUUUUUUGGGGGGGGGGAGGGGGGGGGUUUUUUGGGGGGGGGGAAAGGGGGAAGGCCCUUGUGGGGGUUUGGGGGGCCUAAAAACCCUUUUAAAAAUUUUUAAAAACCCCCCCGGGGCCCCUGGGGGGUUUUUUUGGGGGCCCAAAUGUUUUUUUUUUUAAAACCCAUUUGGGGGGGGGGGGGGGGUUUGGGGGUUUUUUUUCCCCCCCCCUUUUUUUUCCCCCCCCUUUUUUUUUUCCCCCUCCCUUUUCCCCCUUUCCCCCCCACCUUCCCCUUCCCCCCCCCUUCUUUUUUCCCCUUUUCCCCCCCCCCCCCCUUUCCCCCCCUUUUCCCUUUUUUUUUUUUUUUUUCCCCCCUUUUUUCCCCCCCUUUUCCCCCCCCCCCCCCUUUUUUUUUUUUUCCCUUUCCUCUCCCCCCCCUCCCCCCCUUUUUUUUAUUUUUCCCCCCCCCCCCCCCCCCCCCCCCCCCCCCCCCCCCCCCCCCCCCCCUUUUUUUUUUUUUCCCCCCCCCCCCCCGGGGGGGCCCCCCCGGGGGGGGGCCCCCCCCCCCCCCUCUCUCCUCUCUCUCCUUCUCUCUCUCCCUUACUCUUCUCUCUCUCUCCUCUCUCCUCCUCUCCCUCUCCUCCCUCUCUCUCUCAAUUCAAUUCAAUUCAAGUUAAGGGCUUUAUUGGCAUGGGAAACGUAUGUUAACAUUGCCAAAGGCAGUGAAGUAGAUAGUAAACAAAUGUGAAAUAAACAAUACAUAUUAACAGGAAACAUACACUCAAAGUUCCAAAAGUAUAAAGACAUUAUAAUGUCAUAUUAUGUAUAUAUACAGUGUUGAAACAAUGUGCAAAUAGUUAAAGUACAAAUGGGAAAAUAAAUAAACAUAAAUAUGGGUUGUAUUUACAAUGGUGUUUGUUCUUCACUGGUUGCCCUUUUCUUGUGGCAACACCUCUCUCUCUCUCUCUCUCCCUCCCUCUCUCUCGCUCUCUCUCUUUCUAUUGCUCUCUUUUCUUCUCAUCUGGUCUCUAGCUCUCUUUAUCUUUCCUUCUUGCCUGCACUUCACCUUGAGACCUUUGUCCCCUUGCUCACUUACUCUUGGGAUCAGAUCAGUUUAAUGGCUAAAAUUUCAAACACACACACACACACUAAUGUCUCUGAUAUAUUUAUUAGUUCUAUGAUUUAUCACGGUAAUUAAAAUGCAUUUAAUUGCUAAUAAUUUGUCAGUGCAAUGACUUGUCUAGAUUUCCUAAUAUUCUGUUUAUCACUGACUGAUCCUGUUUGACACAAACAGGAGAAACAGUAGUCAGUUAGCUCUCUGACUUCCUGGUGAUUUUCCCUUUUGUUCUUCUAUUCUGCUCAUCCCCCCCACCCACCCCAUUCACUUUCCAAAACGACCUACUUCCUUUUACCGCUGUGGAUUGGAAAGCGUCAGGGUGAGAAAUGUCUCAAGGUCUUGAGAAUACAGUUGUUCCAGUCAAUGAAUUUAGGAUGAAGUCUGAAAUCUGUUUAGCCUUUUAUUGUCCCGCGUGGUGAAAUAUGCACCGCCAAGGUGAGACGAGUCAGGCGACCAAUGACACGCCAUCUCACGAGUGCCAGACACUGGUUAACCACUUAGAUAACCACAACCCCAGUCUAGAGAGAGAGAGAGAGAGAGAGAGAGGAGAGAGAGAGAGAGAGAGGAGAGAGAGAGCAGAGAGAGGCAGAAGAGAGAGAGCAGAGAGAGAGAGAUAGAGAGUAGAUAGAGAGAGAGAGAGAGAGAGAGAGAGAAGAGGAGAGAGAGAGAGGGAGGAGGCAGAGAGAGAGAGAGGCAGAGAGGGAGAAAGAGAUAAAUUAAAAGUGAGUGUUGCAACAUUCUGCACAUACAGUAAAAGUAGCCGUGAACAAUGCAGUACACCGCGGCACAUCAGAGAGAGAGAGAGAGUGACUGCAAUGAGUCAGAGAGAAAACCCUCUGAGACUGAAAGAAGGUCAGGGAGGAUGUGGGCUAAAGAGUCAGUAUGAGACACAUGGUGGUUGUUGUUGAUGUAGUUUAACUGUUACAGGCCUACAUACAUGUAGUUUCACUGUUACAGGCCUACAUACAUGUAGUUACACUGGUUAAAUCAGAAUUUAUAUCAUUCAUUUGAUAUGAUAAUCAAUCUGUCAAAAUAUGGUUUCCAGCUAGCUAAAGCACUAACAGUCCUAUGAUAAUGUAAUCAAAUGUACAAUAGUAUUUACUUUCAUUCCAUUAUUUGAGCUACAUGUUUCUGUGAGAGAAGAGGGAGGAAAUGAAUGACAAUGUGAAGGAAGUAUCAUUUCCUUAUUGAAGCUAGUUUAUACCAUCCGAUUCCCAGAUGGAGUGUUUAAAAAGAAAACAAUCUAUUCCGGAGCUGUCCUUUGGAACAGUGAGGUGUUUAAUGUGUGAUCAUUCACUGGGGAUUGGCUGCUAUUCAUUCCAUUGUGUGCUCCAGGAAUCAGCAGGAUUACAUUGAUUUUCAGUCUCAUUGGUCAAAGGCCAUAUGAAAAUCAAACCCAGGGCACCAGGCAAAAAAAAUACAUUAAGCUUUGUGUUUUUCUUUACAUUCUAUUGUUUAUCUUGUCGCAGUGUUAAUUAUGCUGAUAACGUGUCCCAUAGCUGACUGCACUGAUAGAUCAGUAGUCCCGGCCCAGCCAUGUUUUACUUUAGCAAAAAUACAAUUGAGAGGAUGUGUUACUGUUUACAGAACUAUUUUACAUUUCAAUAUAUCAAGAAAUGGUUUGUGUUGUCAUUGUAUCUCUGAAGAUAUUAACAUAAGACUCAUGUUGAAGAGCCCUCUCUCACUGACCCUGUCCCUCCCUCUCCUCUCCAGACUCCAUGCAUAUAGAGGACGUGGAGGCGGUGCAGAAGCUCCAGGAUGCGCUCCACGAGGCCCUGCAGGACUACGAAAGCAGCCAACAUCAGGAGGACCCCCGGCGGGCAGGCAAGCUGCUCAUGACCCUGCCCCUGCUGCGCCAGACCGCCACCAAGGCCGUGCAGCACUUUUACAGCAUCAAGGUGCAGGGCAAGGUGCCCAUGCACAAACUCUUCCUGGAGAUGCUGGAGGCCAAGGUCUGA